GUUAAGUGACAGGAGACAGAAGAGUCAGUGACUCUAGAAAAUUAAGCAGAGGCAGCUUUCACUAAUUGAGAACACCGCAUACAGACAGACUCUUAAUCUUAGAGAUCCUACUAUGAUGAUCCCUAGGAUCUCAUCUCUAAUUUUCCUGUCCUGGGUCCUGACAUCAGUGACUGCCUACCACACAGAGGUGAUUCCUCAAAAGAUACUGCGCUUAAUGCCAUCGCAUUUCACUGCGAUUAAUACUCCGGAACUGAGCACAGUCUGUACAGAAGAGUGUGUAUUAAGAGAAUCCCUCUCAGAUCCUCUUGACUCAAGUCAGCAACUGGAUUAUGAGACCACAUUUUCUAACGGUAGCCGCACAUUGACAACACUUUCAAUACAAGUAGAGAGCAGGGGUGCCCAGCGAACAGAAAAGAAAGGCAACCCGUUACGCACUCGGAGGCAAGUAUAUGGACCUGACGUUCGAUUCUCCAUCCGCAGCCGUAGAUUUUUGAGGGAGUUUCCAUUUGCUGCUGCUGUGCGUGUGUCUACAGGUUGCACUGGAGUUCUAAUAACUGAACGACACAUUUUGACAGCUGCUCACUGUGUUCAUGAUGGCCAAGACUAUGUAAAAGGAGCUCGUAAGUUACGUGUUGGAUUUUUGCUUCCUGGAGACCGACCGUUCUUACGCUGGGUGCGUGUGAAAAGUAUAACGGUGCCCCGCGGAUGGAUAGGUGCACCUGCUGAGCUUAGCAUGGAUUAUGAUUAUGCCUUACUUGAAGUUAGACGAACACAACCACAUCCUCACAUGAGCCUUGCAGCUUCACCUCCACUGCCGGACUUGGCAGGGGGGCGAGUGCACUUCUCAGGCUAUGAUAGCGAUCGCCCAGGAGAACUGGUUUACCGUUCAUGUCGAGUGGAGCAGCAGACAGCACAUCUGUUAUAUCAGCACUGUGAUGCACGUCCAGGAGCUAGUGGAUCCGGGGUAUAUGGACGAGUGUUGCACAAGGGUCAUUGGAGGAGGAAAGUGAUUGGUGUAUUUUCUGGACACCAGUGGGUAGAAGUGUCAGGAGAACCAAGAGACUAUAAUGUGGCAGUCAGACUGACACCACUAAAGUAUGCUCAGAUCUGCUAUUGGAUCCGAGACGCCAACUUUAGUUGUCCCAAUGAUUAAAACAAAAUAAUAAAGGUUAUGUACAUAGUGAUUGACAAACCUUGUGGACAGAGAAAUACACCACUACGCCUUUCAUCUCCUAGUUUAAAGUACUUGUAGUGGAUACAAUGAGAUAUAAAUCUGUAUCUGUCUCAAAGGAAUACGCUAAGAACACGCUAAAGCUCUUCGCACUAGUUAACCACUAAAGCUCUUUGUAGUAGUUAUGGUGUUAUAAGACUAUGGGUAGAAGAAGACCCAUUUUCUGGCCAAAGAUUUUGUUUGAGAAAAAAAAAAAAAAAAACUAAAAUGGGGCUUCCAUUAGUAUCUACAGCACAUCGACUCUUCAGACAUAUGUUUGUGAUUCUAUCCAGCCUGGAUGGCAAUGAUAGGCUGAGCUCUCAUGCCCAGAGGAUUCCUCAACACACUCUUGAUUUAGGAUUUAAUAAUUUGUCCUUGUGAAGCAUAAGCACAGACUAAAUGUUCAAACCAUGAAGAGCACAGCUCAGAAUGCAGGGGAAAUGGAUGACUUGGACAAUCUGAUUCGACUCUGGCCCAUUCAGCUCAAGAGAACUGACCCAG